AUCUACCUGCGGCGGAGGAGAGACCGAAGUGGCUCCAGUCGCGUCUGGUCCCUUGCAAGUGUCACACACGGGUCGUCGACAGAACACGUUAUAACGUCCGCGCAGUCGUCCGUAUUUCUCACCGGUUAUAACCGACACAGUGACCAUCCCGGCCAUGUGUCGUCCGCACGCGAUCGUUGCCGCGGCGCUGCUCGCACUGCUGCCUUUCUGCUGCCUCGCAGAGCAAGGCGUGAGCGACACUCUGAUGAAGAUGUUCCGCAUAGAGACGAUGGAAAACCGCACCGCCGACGUCCAGAUACCCAGCUACAUGUACGAGUUGUACGAAGACGCGGGGAAUAGGCGAUACGACGUGAUAAGGAGCAUCACGCCCACGACGGAAACACUGGGCGCAUAUAGUCAGUUUGUUUAUGACCUGAGUACACUCGAACCCUCUGAAAUGGUCCAAAAAGCAGUCCUUCAGCUUGAACCUAACACAAAUCAUCAAUUUAGCAAGGCCAUAAAUGUAUCGUUUUUCGCUUUGCCUAAACAAACAAUAUCGAAAACGUAUUUAGGGUCGGGAACAAUACACGGCACUUUAGAUUUGGUUAACACUUUGGGCCCACAGCCAUUAAAUGGCUUCGACCAACUAGUCGUCCAGAUGGAAGGUACGGCAAAAUUGUCUAUUGGACUUGUGUUAUAUUCGAUAACCGCUGACGGUGGAUAUGCAAACGGCAACGAAUUGGCAAACUUACUGUAUGAAACUACAAUUAAAAGACGUAAGAGAUCAGUGGCUGAUAAUGAAAUUGACAUUAAGCGAAAUCAUUUCACAAAUGAACCAAAACGAAAGAAGAAGAAGCAAAAAGUUUCCCGAGUCAACAAACUACAGGCCGUGGACACUGGUGACACAAUCACGUUUACCAGCGCGGACCAGUGCCGGAUGGAGAAGCUGGUGCUCAACUUCGCGGACAUCGGCUGGGAAGACUGGGUGAUCUACCCGAAGGGGUUCGAGACCAAUUACUGCGCGGGUGGUUGCCUGUUCCCGCUGGGCAAGGGGUCCAAGCCCACCAACCACGCGACCGUGCAGAGCCUUGCCAGGUCGUUCGGCCGGCUGUGGGACGUGCCUGAGCCCUGUUGCGUGCCCGACACUCUCGCCCCACUCACGCUGCUCUACAUGGACCGGUCCAACCACGUGCUGCUCAAGAGCUACCCGGACAUGAGGGUGGUCACGUGCUCGUGCAAGUGACGUGGUUCUGUACCGCGACCGCGGUUGUGACGUCACGUCCGAUGACGUUGCGCAUCGCGGCAACGGUGGUACAUCGCACGAUGUACCUAUAUUAUACUACCUAUAUAUUGUAAUUUAUUGUUCGGCCGGGCGUGUCCUGGUGAUUUCCUUGGACACGUUCAAAUAGAGUUCCAAAAUGCAAUCGUGUCAGAUACUCCUGAUAUACCGCGUACCUUUUAUUAUAUAACCGAGGUGGUGAUUAUUGAUUGGUUAUUGAUUAUUGGUGUUAAUGUCAGCGACUGUAUAGAUUUCUUUCCUAGUCGAUUUUUGUAAUUUCGUAAAAAAAAAAAUAUUUAUCAUAUCGUAUUAUGUAGGUAGCGUGAAAUGUUUGUUUGCACAGUGCAUCAAAAUUUCAUUAAAAACUAAAAAAAAAUUAAAAUUAUAUACUUAAUGACAAAAUGUCCUUGUAAAUAAAUCCCUUGUUGUAUAAUACACUUCAAGUGGCAAACAUUAAUAUUCAUACUUUCUUCGUACAAAAUUGAACUGGAACAUUAUUAGAGCAGACUUCGUUAAAUCGGUCAUUCCGUACAGUACACAUACAAACUUCAUUGUAUUUUAUACAAAAUAAUUAUACGUUCGUACUGUUAUUAAAGUAUUUCGUUUACCCGCGUCAUGCACAAUACAUCGAAAUAAUAAUAACAUUUUUUCGGCCAGUGACAAAAGGAAAAAUUCAGUGUUACCAAACCAUGUGGUGUUUUGUAUAGUUUUAGUUAGUGAAUAUUACAUAGGUAUAUCAUUGUGUCCAUUGCGCAAUAUUUAUAAACCGUUAUUAUAUUAAUGCUAUUUAUUGAAAAAUUGUAAUGUUAAAGUAUACUAUUAUUAUUAUAUUGUUAUCGUCUGUGAUAACAGAUAAGUGCUCAAUAACAUUAAUUAUAAUAGUAAUAACAAUAACAUAAUAUAAACAUUAAGUGACGUCACAUACAUGAUUAAUAAAUAAGUUAUAUUAUACUUUAUUAUUAUAAUACACCUACAGUUGGUCCAAAUCGCCUAUUUCGACAACGGUUUCAGUAUUAGACGCGUGACAUCGGAAAAAAAACGAUAGUUUUAUAUAGUAUUUUUUAAAAUAUUUUACGCACUUGAGUGUGUGAUAUUAUUUAGAUUCGAAUAAAUGCGUUGUACAGUUGGACAGUAAUUAAAAAUUAUUAUCCACAUCGAAAAAAUGUGCUUACCAUUAAAAUUAUAUUAUUAUUUUGUUUUUAAAUUGUUUAUUUUGAAUUAAAUAUUAUGAAUGUGACGACGCAGUAUGUUUGAUAAUGAUACUAUCGAAGAUUAUAAUAUUAUCAUAUUGAUAUUUUGUUUGAUACUCUGAUGCAUCUAGUAUCUAUAUUAUAAAUUAAAAUACCACGUUAUAUUAUGUUAUAUUAUUACCUUAAGUUUAAGAUGAUUGAUACUAUGUUUAAGCCGCUCAUUUUCAUUUGGAUGUGUUAAGAUAUUUAUUUUAUCAAUUCAGAUUGAAUAAUAAAUGUGUAAAUACAUAACAAACCUACGUUUAAGCCUAUACCUAUUUACCUAUUGAGUACUCAGUACUCGAGUGUAUUCCUUAUUUUACUAAUAUUACUCUUAUAGUAUUAUAUAUACUUAAGUGAUUUCAUCAUAUUAUUAUGUUUGUUAAUUUCUACGGAGGUAUGUGUCUUAUACUCUUAUAUGUAAGGACGAGACACGAUCAUUCCAUAAAAAUAUACAUAAGAAAAUUACAUUUUAUAAUCCACACAAUAUCAUUUUAAUGAACCUAUCAAUGUCCAUUUAUGCAGUAUUUUGUCUUAUACAGGCUAAUUCUAAAAGCAUGUUCACCCCCAGUGGCGCAAAGGGGAGAUUUUUAUUGUUUACCAUAA